AUGUCCUUCUCCCUGACUGUACUCGCUGCGCCCGAUGUCGAGACGUCAAGAAGGCAGCAUCAAAGCCGACGGAGCAUUCCCAACAGUGUGGACAGAUCCAUUUUCGUUCAGUAUACCUUGGAGAUGAUGAUAGAGCUGUCUAGGAUUGCCAAACGGCUCCGUACAUCCUGGCAAUUCAGAGUUGAUGGUAUUUCCGGUGCGCUUGGCAGCCAUGACGUUCAAGGAGUACUCGUUGUCUGGGAGUCCAGUCAGACAUUCGGGUUCCAACUCGCACUAGCAGACUUGUCCACGAUGACAAGGUUGUCUGGAUAUAUUCUGUCCAUGGGUUUCCAGACAAAUAUGCGCCAGAUUGCCGCAGCCUUCUCGUCCACAUAA